AUGGCUUUCGCCACGAUCAACUCAUCGGCGCCGACCAGGAUCCCGGCCAUUGAGGACGCUUUUGCCGCUGAACCCGCGCUCAAGAAACGGGUUUACGAUGCGAUCGCCCAUACCCCGCAACAUGUCCCUCUUUUCGAAGACAUCGCUAAAUACACCACCAGCCUGCUGGCCAGGACUGCAACCGGCCCCGUUCGGCCUGUGGAGGUCGUCAGCGACGGCCCGGCCCUGAAGAAACGAAAGCUACAGAAUGGAGAUGCUACAAAGACUCAGUCCCCGGGCGAUGUGAAAGCCGAUACACCACUGCAAUUCUACAUGCAGGAUGUUUCGUUCGCUGUUCCCCAGCGAAAGAAGCUUACGCUCGAAGUUACCGCCGGGCACGGGUUCCUACGAGCGAGAAAUCAGACCUCUAAGGAGGUAGAAUUCGGCGUACAGUUGGACAAGAUACAGCAUGUCUUGUGCCUUCCAGUCCCCGAGAAGAAUCAGCGACAGUUCAAUUUCUGCAUUAUUCCCCAGUACGCGGAUGGAGUCAAUUCACCACCAGAAGGCGUAACAGCCCCCGAAGCCAUUGUGUGGACAGUCACCGAUGGCCCUCCCAAGGCGGCGUUCUCAGGCGAUGGACAACAGCUUGGGAUGAACAAUGAGGAGACUACGGACAAGAUUAUCCAACGGGUAUUGAACGACAAUUUGUCGCAGACUAAGGUUGUGCGCCCGGAUGAGCGACAGUUCGUGAGCGCUAUGCCAGAGGCUCAUCGCAAGGGUGAGAAGGCCUACCACGUCAAGGCUUUCCGCGGAAGCAAAGAAGGUUACCUUUUCCUUCUCUCUACGGGCAUACUGUUCGGGUUCAAGAAACCAUUGGUCUUCUUUGCUUUUGAAAACGUUGACUCCAUCUCAUACACGUCUGUGCUGCAACGAACCUUCAACCUUAACGUUGUGGCUCGACCUACAUCAAGUGAUGAGACGCAGGAGUUUGAGUUUUCCAUGAUCGACCAGGCAGACUUUUCCGGAAUUGACGAGUAUAUCAAGAAACACGGUCUGCAGGACGCCAGCCUUGCUGAAGCACGGCGUGCGAAGCGAUACAAUGUCAACGGUGCUAAGACAGAAGAUGACGCUGCUGCUAAUGAGGAAGGGGGCGUCGAAGAGGAAAGUGAACUACAAAAAGCCCAACGUGAGCUUGAAGACCAAGAGGACGAGGACGAGGAGGAUUAUGAUCCUGGCAGCGACAGCGACAGCGACGGCAGCGGCUCUAGCAGUGAUGACGAUGACGAUCAGGACGAGGAGGGCGAUAUGGAAGAGGACGACGACAAAGAAGAAGAGGGAGGAGAUCGAGACCUGGUGGCGGAGGAGCUCGGAAGUGAAGCCGAAGAUGUUCCGGCGGAAGAGCUGUGA